AUGGACGAACGGGUACUGCCGUCGGAAGACGAGAUCAAGACAUACUACUGGGAGCACGGCCACCCAUGGUCUGAUACGUAUGACAAUCCAGACCUCAUAAGCUUGCCGAGUCUCCUUCAGUACAAUGCCAACAGGCGACCGGAGCAGGUGGCUUUCCUGCGUCCGCUCAAGGAUUCGUUCGUCAAGGUGACAUGGCGGGAGUUCAAUUCAGCAGUCAAUACCCUCGCCCGGCAUUACUCUUCAGCACUUGAUGUGCAGCUCAAUGAAGCAAUCAAGGUCGACCAACAGCCGACUGUUGCUUUGCUUGGAACAGGCCAUACCAUCGGGUAUUUUGCCACCCAAUUGGCUUUGCUCAAGCUCGGGAUUCGAGUGUUACUGCUCAGCCCCAGCAAUGCCGAUGUAGCGACAAAUCAUCUCUUGACAGUUUGCAAUGCCGUUGCUGUCGUUUCUCAAGCUAACUUGCAGUCGGCUGUCCACGGACUGCACGUCGUGGAGCUGGUGCCCUUCGAACAAUCGAUUGCACACGGUGCGAAUGACGUUUCCAUCCUCGCUUACAAUGCGCGAGAUGUAUGGAACUCGCACUCGCUGAUCAUACAUUCAAGCGGAACGACAGGACUUCCAAAGCCAAUAAUACACACGCAUCGUAGUUUGAUGCUCAUUGCGCGAAUGUACCGGCUCUUCCCCGACUUCGCAAUCAAUAACUGGUACUUGGCAUUUCCGUUGUUUCAUAUUGCUGGCAUAUCAAUAGCUCUUAGUGGCCUUCCCAAUGGGCUUACACUUUCCUUUCCGCCGGAGAAUUGGCCGCCGGCACCAGGGUCGAUACUCUCCGCCUGGAAACAGCUUGCCAAGCUCGGCUUCCCUGUGGACUGUUUGCACUGCGCUCCUGCUGUGAUUCAAGAUCUCUAUGAGUAUAUUACAACUACAGGCAACGACUUCUCGCCGUUAGUGGAUCUCAAAGUGUUACAGCCGGGUGGUGCGGCGCUGAACUUACCCAUGGUCAACAAGCUUAUCCAAGUUGGUGUCAACGUUAAAACGACAUACGGCAGUACAGAAAUUGGACCACCAAUGCGAAGCAUCCCGCAUACACGGCAGAACCCGCACUGUUACCGUGUGCGUAACUUGUAUCCUGAGGAUGAGCAUUAUAAGAUGGAGGCGCUGGGCGACGGACUUUACGAACCUGUUGUGUAUAGGGGCUUCCCGCUUGCCGCCGAACUGUGGCUCGCACCAGACGCUCCGAAUCCUUACCGGACGAACGAUCUUUUCACUGAGGAGCCUUUAGGAAGCGGGCUCUACGUCUUACAAGGCCGCAAGGACGAUCUUCUGGUACACACUAACGGCGAGAAGACUAACGCCCUUCCUCUCCAGAUGGCGCUUGACAGCUGUCCUCAGAUUGUCAAGGCCGCAGUGUUCGGCUCGGGUCGACCUUGCGUCGCCGCUCUGAUUCAACCUUCUACCACAGUCCUUACAGCCGGCGACAGAGAGUGUAUCUUUGCCGCUGUAGAGAGUAGUUCCGUGCUCUUUCCAGCCCACUCCCGCAUUGCGCGUUCCAUGGUGCAUAUACUCGGACAAGGUGAGACCUUACCAGUCACGCCAAAGGGCAGUGUGCGGCGUAAAGAGGCUGAGCGCAUAUACUCUGCUGCUUUAAAUGGUAUGUAUGAAAGGCUCGAGAACGGUGAUCAGCACGACCAUAGCGUGUCUGUUGAGGCUGCGUACUCAGACCAGGAAUAUAUCCUGGCUUGCGUAGAGCAGGCGCUUGGAAGACAAGGAUUGAGAUCUAAUGCUAAUCUGUACCGCCUGGGCCUGGAUUCUCAAAAAGCUGUCAUGCUUCGAUCAAAGUUGAUGAAACGCUUUGGUCGCUUCCCUCUGCACUUCAUCUUCGAGUAUCCAAGCGUAGAAGCUCUUCGUAACAAGCUAGUCGAUCAAGUCUCUUCUGAAGCGGGCAUUACAGCUCCCAACAGACACCACGACUGGGUUCGGCAGGCCAUUGAUCGGUAUACGACUGAGAUCAUGUCCUGGUCGGAGCCGCUGGCCACGCCGCCGGCCACCCCUGGGGAGGAAGUGGUGUAUCUGACCGGUGCUACAGGUGCGCUCGGCAAUGCUCUGCUUGAGUGCUUCGUGGCAAAUCCCACGAUCGAGAAAGUGUACUGUGCGAUUCGUGGCAGCAGUGACCGCCUUCGCUCGUCUAUGAUACAACGGGGCUACUCAUCCGCGGUUGUCAACAGUGCGAAGCUCCACGUCGUGCCUUACUCCAUGGCCGACCUACAUCUUGGACUUGGUGAGGAUUUGUAUGCUCAGCUGGCGGCAAAAGUAACAACGGUAGUACACAACGCUUGGAAGAUGGAUUUCAAUGUCCCAGUGACCGAAUUCGACGGCGAUUGCUUGCAAGGCACGGUGCGGCUGAUGCACUUCGCAAGCACCGGAAGGCGGAAGAUGUUUGCCUUCUCAAGCUCCGUAGCUACCCACCUCGGUCCUGCAGCAUCUGGCUCUGAGGUUGCGGAGACCGAGGCGAUCAACGAACCGUCACUGGCAUUAGACACUGGAUAUGCGCAAAGCAAGUUCAUCAUUGAGAUUGUCUUGCAAGCAUUCGCCAGGAACACAGGCCUCAGUACGAAAGCUUUCCGGAUCGGUCAGCUUUGCGGCCAUUCAAAGCACGGUUCCUGGAAUGAGAGCGAGAUGUUCCCGAUCAUGUUCACCACCGGCCUGAAGCAGCUCAAAGCGAUCCCUACUUUCACCGCCCAGAGUGUCGACUGGCUGCCGGUUGACAUUUGCGCGAAGGCGAUGAGUGACAUCCUUGCCGGCGGAAAAGCCGAGGAGCCUACGCAUGAUCAUAUCUGCAUGGUCCACAACCUGGUGAACCCACGUCCAAUCUCAUGGACCGAUUUCCUUGACUGCCUUACCACUGCGUACGGAGAGUCAAUUCAGCGUGUAUCAAUGGCCGAGUGGGUAGCAGGUCUGUAUAAACUUAGCGAGGCUGGUGUUGUCAGCCCAGGCAUGAAGCUCAUCGGCUUCUUCGAGAGUAUGGCGCAAACACCGACACAGAGCUGCGCGGUAUUCGCAACAAGUCGAUCUGAGAAGCUCAGUGGUGCUCUAGCUUCCGCACCGUGCAUCGAUACGUCGCUGAUGCACCUCUAUCUUCAGAAGUGGAAAGAGACAGGCUUCUUAUAG